GUAUAGGGCUGAGGUCACAAGUGUUGAGUUGAGAGAGCACAAAGAAAAGCAGCCUUACCCAAUACCCAACAAACCAUCACAAGGACCUGACAGCCCAGAGGAAGCAGAUGCAGCACACAGAGACACAACCAGACCACAAGAGUGAUGUCAUCCAGAGUCAGACAGAGGAACAGGAGCAGAGUGCUGAGGGGGGGAAACUGGCUGCCGAGCAGCAGAAGCAGAAGCCGGGCUUUGACAUGAUCUACACCAUAGAGGAUGUCCCGCCGUGGUACCUCUGCAUUCUACUGGGCCUCCAGCACUACCUGACGUGUUUUAGCGGGACCAUCGCUGUGCCCUUCCUGCUAGCGGAGGCCAUGUGUGUGGGAAAGGACCAGAACACUGUCAGUCAGCUGGUGGGAACCAUCUUCACCUGCGUGGGAAUCACCACACUCAUUCAAACCACCUUUGGAGUCAGGUUACCUCUUUUCCAGGCCAGUGCUUUUGCUUUCCUCGUCCCUGCUCAAGCUAUCCUAGGGCUGGAUAGAUGGAAAUGUCCCCCUGAAGAGGAGAUUUAUGGGGACUGGAGUCUUCCUCUGAACACCUCCCACAUCUGGCACCCAAGGAUGAGAGAGAUCCAGGGUGCCAUCAUAGCAUCCAGUGCAGUGGAGGUGGUCAUCGGGCUGGUGGGUCUCCCUGGUCUCCUCCUGGACUACAUCGGGCCCCUGACCGUCACCCCCACCGUGUCCCUCAUCGGCCUGUCUGUCUUCCAGACAGCUGGGGACAGAGCCGGCUCUCACUGGGGCCUCUCAGCACUGUGCAUCUUCCUCAUCGUGCUAUUUGCUCAGUACCUGAGGAACUGGUCCUUCCCUUUCCUCACCUACAACAGGAAGAAAGGCUUCAGCAUCACCAGGUUCCAGAUCUUUAAGAUGUUCCCGAUUAUCAUGGCCAUCAUGUUGGUGUGGCUGCUGUGUUACAUCCUGACCCUGACCGACGUGUUGCCCAGUGACCCCAGCAAGUACGGACAGAAGGCACGCACUGAUGCGCGCGGUGACAUCAUGACCCUCUCCCCCUGGUUCCGCUUCCCCUACCCCUGUCAGUGGGGGUUGCCCACGGUGACCAUCGCCGGAGUGCUGGGCAUGUUCAGUGCCACACUAGCUGGCAUUAUAGAGUCUAUCGGGGACUAUUAUGCCUGUGCUCGCCUCUCAGGGGCACCUCCGCCACCGGUCCAUGCCAUCAACAGGGGUAUUUUCACAGAGGGGGUGUGCUGUAUUAUAGCAGGACUACUGGGUACAGGAAAUGGCUCCACCUCCUCCAGUCCCAACAUUGGAGUUCUGGGAAUCACUAAGGUGGGCAGCAGGAGAGUGGUGCAAUAUGGUGCAGCCAUAAUGUUCCUGUUAGGAACAGUGGGGAAAUUCACUGCCCUCUUCGCAUCUCUGCCUGACCCCAUUCUAGGUGGCAUGUUCUGCACCUUGUUCGGUAUGAUCACGGCUGUGGGCUUGUCCAACCUGCAGAGCGUAGACCUCAACUCCUCUAGGAAUCUUUUUGUCCUCGGCUUCUCCAUGUUCUUCGGUCUCAUGCUGCCCAGCUACCUAGACUUGCACCCUGGCUGCAUCAAAACAGGAGUUGCAGAGGUGGAUCAAAUCCUCACAGUGCUCCUAACCACUGAGAUGUUUGUUGGAGGCUUCCUGGCGUUUGCUCUGGAUAACACCAUCCCAGGCACAAGGAAGGAGAGAGGGCUGUUGGACUGGAAGGCUGAUGAGGGCAGUGGGGGAAGCUCCGCGAACAUACAUACUACUUAUGACUUUCCCAUUGGAAUGAGCUGCGUUAGGAAGAUCAGCUGCCUGCGCUAUCUCCCCAUCUGCCCCAGCUUCCAAGGCUUCAGGCAGCGCAGACGGAAGGACAGCAUGCAGGAAAACAACGAGGAUGAAUUAAGAGAGAGGACUGAGAGUGUACGCAUGGACACAACAAUUACCUUGGCCUGCACCAAAGUAUAGUAAAAGUUCAAUGAUGAAUCUUUUAGAUUAUUUUUAUACUGAGGUGUGAUUUUCACAGCUAUUUAUUGUUUUGGACACUUACAAAUGCACGAUGUUGCAAUGUUGUGACUGGAAUAUUAUUUACUAGAGCAUGUAACUCACCAUGUAUCUUGGAGGUUUGGUCUACCAUCUCUCAAUGGUGGAACAAACUCCCUCACGACGCCAGGACAGCGGAGUCAAUCACCACCUUCCGGAGACACCUGAAACCCCACCUCUUUAAGGAAUACCUAGGAUAGGAUAAGUAAUCCUUCUCACCCCCCCUUUAAGAUUUAGAUGCACUAUUGUAAAGUGACUGUUCCACUGGAUGUCAUAAGGUGAAUGCACCAAUUUGUAAGUCGCUCUGGAUAAGAGCGUCUGCUAAAUGACUUAAAUGUAAAUGUAAUCUCUUCUUACUCACCACCACGUUUUUAUAGCAUCUAUUAUUGGUCUACGCUGAAGAACACAGAGCCAUAUAUUCAGACACAUACUUGACCGUAUGCUUGUAUAUAGGCUGUACUGAAGAUGCAGAAACAACAUUAGCAGUGGUUUUUUGUAUUUUAUUAAGUCUUUCUUGUGUACAAAAUGAACAAGUAAUGAUAGUGUCUCUCUCUUCUAAUGAUCUGAACUCAAUCGGAGGUAAAGCAAAACAGUUAUGAUAUAAAAUGAAAGUGUAAUAUAUUAAAACAUUCCUAUUUUUUUGACUACGUUAAA